AUGACUGUCGAUCUUUCUCUCUACUUGGUUACGGACUCGACUCCCGCCAUCCUAGGCAAUGGGGAUCUCUGCAAAGUAGUUGAAGAGUCUCUAAAAGGGGGAGUCACGGUCGUUCAAUACAGAGACAAGACCAGCGACACUGGCGUCCUGGUCGAGACUGCCAAGAAACUUCACGCCAUUACACAACGAUACAAUGUCCCUCUGCUUAUAAACGAUCGCGUCGAUGUUGCUCUUGCGUCUGGAGCCGAGGGUGUGCAUCUAGGUCAAGAUGAUAUGGAUAUCGGCACUGCCAAAAAGCUCUUAAAGGAGGAUGCAAUCAUCGGUAUCAGUGCUUCCUCUAUUGAAGAAGCUGUAACGGCCGUAGAAAACGGAGCUGAUUAUCUGGGAAUUGGCACGACAUUUGCAACUCCGACAAAAACAAAUACCAAAUCGAUUAUUGGCACGGCUGGGGUCAAAAAGAUUCUCGAUGCCUUGAGUCAUCUCGAUCGUUCUGUGGGUACUGUUGCCAUUGGAGGCAUCAAUACCCGCAACGUCCAGCGCGUGAUAUAUCAGUCUGCCGCUCCCACAAAACAUCUAGACGGCGUUGCCAUUGUCAGUGCAAUAAUGGCCGCAGAAGACCCAGAGUCUGCAGCCAAAGAACUCAAAGGUCUAAUCACAACACGCCCAACCUUUGCGGUAGAUGUCCUGGCACCACGAAAGAACGAGGAGGAACUCCUCCUGGCACGUAUUCCAGAAGUUGUCCAAAGAGUGGCCAGCACACAUCCUCUUGUUCACAACAUGAUAAACUUCGUGGUCGUAAACUUUGUCGCUAAUAUGGCGCUAGCAGCUGGUAUCUCCCCAAUCAUGUCUCCCUAUGGCGACGAAGCCAAAGAUCUUGCCGUACACAACGGCGCACUGCUCAUUAACAUGGGCACUCUUACGAGCACGAGCAUUCCCGAAUAUCUCAAGGCAUUAACUGCGUACAAUACCAACGGCAACCCCGUCGUCCUCGACCCCGUCGGCGUGGGCGCUACCAAUAUUCGUCGCAAUGCCGUCACGACGCUGUUGGCAGGAGGAUACUUUACGCUGAUAAAGGGGAACGAGCGCGAAAUAAAAGAAGUGUUUCAGCGGUCUGGGGGUGAAAGUCAACGCGGCGUUGACAGUGGUCCUACCACUAUGGAUGAUCAUGCCAAGGCAACGUUGGUCAGAGACUUAGCGCGCAGAGAGCGCAAUAUCGUUCUCCUCACUGGCGCAGUCGACUACCUUAGUGAUGGAAACCGAGUCAUUGCUGUUGAAAAUGGCCAUGAAAUCCUCGGCCGGGCCACCGGAACUGGCUGCGCAAUCGGCACCAUCAGCGGCGCAUAUCUAGUUGCCUAUCCCGAGGAUAAACUGCUUGCCGUGCUGGCCGGACUUGUCAUGUACGAAAUCGCGGCCGAGAAUGCAGUGGCAUCCAAGGACCGGGUGCGCGGGUCUGGAAGCUUUGUGCCGACUUUCCUCGACGAGAUUGAUAUCAUUCGGGGCAAGGCGGAGAAGGGGGACCACUCGUGGUUUGAGAAACGGGCCAAGAUUCGGAUUGUCGAUGUUUGA